AUGUCUGAAAUUCAAAAGGAAAAGGGUGAUCACCAAAACCAGCCACAGCUGCACAAGAUCAGAAUGACCUUGACCUCCACAAAGGUCAAGGAGUUGGAAGAUGUCUCUGCUAACAUUGUCAAGAAUGCUCAAAGCCAUCAAUUGGUUAUGAAAGGUCCUGUCAGAUUGCCAACCAAGGUUUUGAAGAUCAGCACCAGAAAAACUCCUAAUGGUGAAGGUUCUAAGACUUGGGACACUUACGAAAUGAGAAUCCACAAGAGAUACAUUGACUUGAAAGCUCCUGCUCAGAUCGCUAAGAGAAUCACCCAAUUGGCUAUUCAACCAGGUGUGGACAUUGAAGUCAUCAUCGCUGCCUAA